UAUAUUUUCAAAAACAUUUUCAAACAUGGCUUUUUAAGGUAAAACAAAUGUAUUGUAACUGAGCAAAAAAAGUACCUUUUAAUGAGUUCACAUUUUAAAAGAAAUUAUUUUUUUUAAAAGAAAUAAUGCCAACUACUUAUGCAAACAUUCAUUUUUUAACUUAAGAGGUUUAAAAAAAAAAAAAAAAAAAAAAAUCUCCAAACAGUUACACUACCUUGACAAUUAUCGAAGAGGCGAAGACUAUUCAAGUACUUUUUAAUGUAUGUUUGAAUAAGAAGAAAAUGAGCGUCACGUCAAAAUGUCUUACAAAAUCAAAAUUUGGUUUGUUUUCCGACUAUUUCAUCUGAAUAAAAAACAUUCCAUAAAUAAUUAAAAGACAAUAAGCUGGUACAAGGGUUCUAGCCUCCUCACCAGACUCUGCUCAUCACGUGACGUGACAUCUGCUGGUUAUAGCAACUAGAGAACGCCAGUAAUAUAGAUGUAGAAAGAAAGGAUCGUGGUGGCACAGAGGAGUUCACACGGCAUCAGUGCGCAGUCGCCUCACCAGUCGGAGCUCCGGUCUCCAGCUCUGCCGUUACGCACAGGUUCAUCUCAUCACCAAGCACCUGAUUUACAGAGAAUACGCGGAUUUUUGCCCUCUUUAUGACACGAUGUAAGGCAGAUAUGUGGGCUUUUCGUUGAGGGAUAUGGUCACUGCUGAGCUGCCAAAGUGGAGCCGCGCGUAUCACGGAUCGGGGCGCUCCUGCAGGGUCUAGGAUGCGCGCCCGGAACAUCCCGAUUCUUACCUGGGUUCGGGGCUGACCAGGAGUCCACUGCCUCUGCUGGGCGCAGAGGCGGGAGGAGGACGCAGUCCACCCGCACCAGAAUGCCCGUGAUGAGAGGUCUGCUGGCCCCGCAGAACACCUUCCUCGACACCAUCGCCACCCGUUUCGAUGGCACCCACAGUAACUUUGUGCUGGGGAAUGCACAGGUCCAGUCUCUUUAUCCCAUUGUGUACUGUUCUGAUGGCUUCUGUGAACUCACUGGCUAUGCCCGGGCAGAACUGAUGCAGAAGAGCUGUGCGUGUCAUUUCCUGUAUGGGCCGGAGACCAGUGAUAGGUUGAUGGCACAGAUCCAGGGAGCACUGGACGAAAGGCGGGAGUUUAAGACAGAGCUGGUCUUCUACAAAAAAGGAGGAACUCAGUUCUGGUGUCUUUUGGAUAUCGUGCCCAUUAAGAAUGAGAAGGGAGAAGUGGUCCUCUUUCUAGUAUCACACAAGGACAUAACAGACAACAAGAAAGUCCAAGAUGAAGAACAGAGCCCAGAAAGAGACGAGGAGACGGGGUUGGAGGUGCACAAGGUCACGCGGCCACCGGGCUUCAAUGCCAACCGGCGGCGUAGUAGAGCUGUGCUUUACCAGCUGUCUGGACACCUGCAGAAACAAGACAAGAGCAAACUUAAGAUCAACAAUAACAUGUUUGGCGAGAAGCCACCCAUCCCAGAGUACAAAGUGGCAGCCAUUCAGAAGAGCCGUUUUAUUCUUCUCCAUUACGGCACCUUCAAAGCUGGCUGGGAUUGGCUGAUCCUGUUAGCGACCUUUUAUGUAGCAGUUACUGUGCCCUACAAUGUCUGUUUCACCGUCGUCGGUGGACGGGAUGAGGCAUCGACCCCUAGAAGUCCACCGAGUGUGAGCGACAUCCUUGUGGAAAUCCUUUUUAUGUUAGAUAUUGUGCUAAACUUCCGCACCACAUUUGUGAGCACAUCAGGCCAGGUGGUGUAUGAUGCUCGAUCUAUCUGUGUGCAUUAUGUCACCACCUGGCUCUUUGUGGACCUGAUUGCUGCGCUACCUUUUGACCUGUUGUAUGCCUUCAAUGUCAGUGUGUACUUUGGAGUUCAUCUGCUGAAGACGGUUCGAUUGUUACGGCUUCUACGCUUGCUGCAAAAGCUGGAGCGCUACUCCCAGUACAGCGCGGUUGUACUUACAUUACUCAUGUCCAUGUUCGCCUUGCUGGCACAUUGGAUGGCCUGUGUCUGGUACGUCAUUGGCCGCAGCGAGAUCGAGAACAACAGCCCUGGUUCCUGGGACAUUGGCUGGUUGCAUGAGCUGGGUAAACGUCUGGGCACCCCCUACUUCCUGUCCCCGCUUGCAUCCCUCAUUCCUGAUUCACUGCGCCCCGCCAUCUUGGAUGGAUUGGUGGUCAAUUCAAGCCAGUGGAACGGCACUGAUUUGGUGGGACAUGAGUCUGUGUGGAACUCGAGCCAGUGGAACACAACAGGAGUGGGGCCGAUGGGCACUUCAAACACCAGACAGACUGCAGCCGUAUUGGAAGGUGGGCCCUCGAUUCGGAGUUCAUAUGUGACGUCGCUGUACUUUGCUUUAAGCAGUCUGACCAGUGUGGGUUUUGGCAAUGUCUCAGCCAAUACUGACUCAGAGAAGAUCUUCUCUAUCUGCACCAUGCUGAUUGGAGCACUCAUGCAUGCCGCGGUCUUCGGUAACGUGACGGCCAUUAUCCAGCGGAUGUACUCACGCCGCUCACUCUAUCACACUCGUACCAAAGACCUCAAAGACUUCAUCCGUGUGCAUCGACUGCCCAAGGCUCUUGCACAGCGAAUGCUGGAGUGCUUUCAGACGACAUGGUCUGUCAACAACGGCAUCGAUGUCAGCGAGCUUCUGAAGGACUUCCCAGAUGAACUGCGGGCUGACAUUGCCAUGCACCUGAAUAAAGAGCUGCUGCAGCUGCCUCUGUUUGAAUCGGCCAGUCGAGGGUGUCUGCGCUCCCUGUCGCUCAUCAUCAAAACUUCUUUCUGUGCUCCAGGGGAGUUUCUUAUUCGCCAGGGUGAUGCUCUGCAGGCCAUAUACUUUGUCUGCUCGGGCUCCAUGGAAGUGCUCAAGGACAACACUGUGCUGGCUAUACUGGGAAAAGGGGACCUGAUCGGAUCGGACUCACUGACGAAAGAGCAGGUGAUCAAGACCAACGCAAACGUGAAAGCUCUGACAUAUUGCGACCUGCAGUACAUCAGCCUGAAAGGACUGCGAGAGGUGCUGCGCCUCUAUCCUGAAUACGCCCAGAAAUUUGUCAGCGAAAUUCAGCACGAUCUCACCUAUAACCUGCGGGAGGGCAGUGGAGCUGACCUGGACUGGGAAAGCAAUGGCGGUCUGGUGAAGAAACUUCCUGCUAUCCGUGAGGAUGAGGAGAAUGAUGAAGAGCAGAACUCGGUGUCAAGAGCCCAGCGGUCUCCCCUUCGCCUGACCCGGGGCCUCAGCUCCCCACUGAGAUCGCCACUCCUCCCUCCUCGCCCCUUCCGCCCUCCAUCAGACCACACGCGACCCGCCACCCUCCAGAUCCCUGUGGUCAGUUUCAGCAGCGCUCCUCCAGAACUCAGCCCCAGGUUUGUGGAUGGCAUAGAGACAGAAAGCAAUUCCAGCUCAACACAAAGGUUUGAGUUCGGUCCCAGCCUACCUCAGAGCGGCCCCCCGUCCCCUUCACCAGUGAACCAGGAGCAGCUGGAGACCAAGCAGAGCAUCACCAAACUGAGCGAGGAGAUGACUAGUCUAUCCCAGCAAGUCUCUCAGCUGAGCAAAGAGCUACAGGAAAUGACACGUCUCCUCCGGCCCUUGCUUGUCAUUGGAUCUCAACCCCUCCUAACAGCCAUGAGUCCAACAAUACCUCCGUCUACCAGCAGUAGCAGCAGUCCAACAAUAUCCACACCACCAGCUCCUUCGCCCACAGCUCCACUGUCCGCACCACUCAGGCCUGGAUGCUUACUAUUGGACAGCGCAGAAACUGGAAGCAUUGGCUUGCCCAGCUGCCUCAUACCCACAAGCCCAUCACAGAGACACCAAGCACAUGCUCAGGUGUCUCCGGCAGGCUGUUUAAGGGGACCUUCCUUGCCAGUCCUCCUUUCUCCAGUGACAGCCCAAACAGAGGGACCAGGUGGCCAGGCAGCUCCGACCCAGCCACCGCAGGCCAGUCACCCCCCAUCUCCAUCUCUAACCUUUUCUUCCUCGCUUCCUUCUUUCCGCUCCCAGUCUACUUCCUGCUCUCCCUGCCAGGGGCCUCAUCGACCUGCCAGUCACAGCAGAGGUUUGCUACCUAGACCCCCCUCGCAAGACACCCCGCCUCCACCACCCUCUCAUUGCUCUGCACCACCCUCGAUCAAUAACUCCCCUGGCGACCACAGGCUGGGGAUCAACCCAUUUCCCUUGUCCCCUUCCUCCAUUGACACUGCUCCUCGGAUCCAGCCACUGUCGUGCACUCCUCCUUCUUGCCCACACACCUCCCCACCCUUGCCCUGCUCCCUGGACUCCAUGCCAGAAACCCAGGCCUCUUUUGGCACUUCCUGGUCCCCGCAGAACCCCAGGUCAGGACCUCCUCAGUUAGAGUUUGAGAUGCAAGAGUGGGCAGCAGAAGGGAGGCCUUCCACAGAGCAUAUCAGCUUCAUAGAUGAAGAGGGACCGCCACUGUGAGUGACUGAAAGAUGAAUACUACAACUAGUUGACUUAGCAAAUAAUGGAGUGGUGAACUGGGCCAACAGCAAUUAACCCAACACACCUACAUUCUGAGUAACAGACAAUAAUGAUUGCUGUUCCUUCAGGACAACACUUGUAAUUGGACAAAUUGUGGAUCUGUUCCAAAUCAUAGUGAGCUGCCUAGCUAGGCAGCAUUUUUGGGCAUUCUUAUAAGAUUUUUAGCCAAAAUCUAAGUCACCAUUGUGUGUAGCUAUGCAUCAUUGAUAAGACAUAUUAGAACGCACUGUGGAUCAGUGAAAAGUUUCAUCCAGGAUUAUCCCACUUGUUACAUAACACAAAACCACACAAGAGUUCAUGUCAUUAUGUAAAUACUGUACUUGCGAGAUGACAACAUGGACGUUCUACUUGGAGCUAUUCAUGUCCUCAGACUCUAAAUUAUGUAUUUCUACAAGCAAUAUUAUUAACGCCAAAAUAAAUGUUCAAUCUGAGUACAAAUCUACAAUACAAGUAACAGUCAUUAUGUAAUUGCUUAAAGUUUAAUUAGCAGGACUUUAGAUAGUUACACUAAACUAUUGUAUGCCUUUUUGUUUAUUUUCAGAUUAUUAUUGCAUUAUUAAGACAUUAACAAUAGGUAAUUACAAGGAUUAUAAAAAAAAAAAAAAAACGAAAUAACUGCAUUAACUACAUUUUACUGCUGAAGCCGCUGGCAUUUUGAUUGUUUCUGCAUGAUGUUGCAGCGGUCAGGUGGUACAAGUUGGAGCUCUCAGAAAAUUCCGUAAAUGUUGUAAUUAUCAGGCUUGAGGAUUUGAGUGCUUUUUAUGUAGACAUCCCGUAAUUAUGGUAAUUCAUACAUGGCAGGAACACACAUUUUUUCACAGUUGACUCCAAUACAGUCCAAUUUUAACAUGCUGCUAAGCUAAUGCUAACAGAACUUUAACAAUGAAAAUUCCAUCUAAUUAUAUACUAAAAAUGUUUAGCCUAAUACUGUAUACUACAUAUUUUUGUGCUUAGAGAAUUGAGUCAGCAUUUAGCAUUAGCUUAGCAACAUGAUAACAUCAAAGUCUCUAAAGCGGUUAGGCUAGUUUGUUUUGAUGGUUUUAGAAGGGUUUUGAGCACUUGUCAGCUGGUCAGGCUGAGAGACAAGCUGUUUUUCAGCAAGGAGAGAUGCUCCCCAUGAAAAAUCAUUUAUGAGAUUAGCCUAAUUUUUGGUUAGAUUUCUGCCUUAGAAAGGCAUCUGCCUAUGUAGACAGCAUACAGUGAGGCAGCUCACUAUGAUUUGAAACAGAGCCACUGUGGUGAGCCACUCACCACUAAGGAGCACCUCAGUACUUGAUACCAGCCAGUCACUCUCCUCUGAGCACAACUUCAUGAAGUUUUUCUUCUAAAGGCUUCAUAGGGCCUUCACAGGCAUUAUAAUCAUCACAGAGCAUGGUGACCAGAACUGCGAGAAUCCCGCUGCGGUAAUAGAUACCUUGCUAUGAGAAUAGCAUAAGUGAAAGUGCACUGAUAAACUUGCAUGGCUGUGCACUAAUCAUGCACAGAAUACAGAAAUUGUCAGGUGGUGUUUCUUAUCUCUGUAUUAUCAAAAUGUUUUUACUUUACGAAUUAGCCACCUUAUGAAUCAAGUUCAUAUUUAAAUUUUCAGACUUGGUAAAUGAAUGAAGCUGUCCCAUUUUCCAUAAUUCGUUUGUUUCCUCCAGACUGUCAUAGGACAGUUAACACAUUCACUAGCCAGAACUAGGAGUUGCAUAUUUAGUCAGAAUGGAGACCUGGGGAAAUGCCUGUCCUCCACUUCUGGAAAAUGAUCAAAUUUGGUCAGUUUAUAGAUUUCUUCAUUAUAUUCAGUCAAAACAAGUAUGAUCUGGAGUAAGCAGAAAGUGUAAUACUGUACUUCCCUCAUACACACAUGUAUACAACAAGGCUCCAAAUUUAUGUGUGCAACACCUGCAUAUAUAAAUUAGGACAAUUCAUGUGGUAAUUAAUUCCUGCUAGAAAUUUUUUUUUUUUACCAGCCAUGAAAAUAUAUUUUUCAUCACUUACUUAAAAAUUCUAUAUAUAUAUAUAUAUUUUCCCUAUCACAAUGGAUUUAUUUAGCCAUUAGUCCCUUGUAUAGUUGGAGCAAUCAGCACAGGACAUUACGUCGCUCACGGUAUCGCAAUUAAGCCAAACUCUUGAAACGUCACCCAUCCCCUCAAAAACAAAACAAAACAACAACAACAACAACAAAAAAAACAUCUUGACUUUCUUGUUCAUUUGGAUUCAUUUCAGUGGUAUGAAUGUCACAAAUGUGCCACCUCAUUUCUGGAGCUACGGAAAUAAAAAAAAUAAAAAUAAAAAACUUUUGAUGGUAUAUUUCCCAUUUAGUUAAAAGUUCAAUUUCUCACUUGUAAUUGGAUUCCUUCACUCAUGUUUUAAAAAAACAAGCUCAAACUAUCAUUCUUACAUUGUAAUUCAAAUCAUGCAUGUUAAAAUUGCUAACAGAAUUACCAGCCAUCUGGUCAUUUCAUUGACUUUCCCCAAAGCCAGUUUACUUAUAUUUGCACUUGGCAAGUGUUCAUUUAUGACCCAGCAAACAACCACAAGCGCUGUAGCACACAGUAUAGUAGCCAAACAAGUCAUGUUCUAUUGCCCAAGUUACUCCUAUCUCCUUUAAAAAUAUAUAAAAAUAAAAACCAAAACAGGCAUACAAAAGACAAUCAUCGCAAUCCCACAAAAAGGACUUAGACAAACAGAUCAAAUAGGUGAAACUGCGUCAUUGUAACAUGUGAAACAGUAAAUAUAUUUUGUUGUCAGACUAUGACAGGGGACGGCUUGCCAUAUGCUGGACAGCCCAUGCAGGGUCCUGAGAGCUUGGCAUGGCACCUAAUGAACUGAAAUAAACCUAUACACACAGCUUUAGCCAUCCUGCCAGCGUGCCUUCUCAUAAAAUAUAUAUACGAAAAAAAUCCUAUAGCGCUCCCCAAUUUUCAGUGUUCACAAUACUUCUCCAAAGCUAUUGGUCGUAUCACAGUAGAAAGCACUGCACUUUUAUUUCACUGAUCUAUUUAUUUAAUGAUUUUAUGUAUGUAUGUAUUUAUCUACCUGCUAUCUUGAUAAGAACAGACUCCCAUGAGGAACCUCACAGAUGAUUCUUGCAGCUGGUGCCCAUGGAAGCAGAAACACCUCAAAUUGAAUUAGUUUCUCACAACCGUGUGAUUAUGGAUUUCAGUAAAGAAGAUCACCUCAGCAUCUCUGAUAUCUGAUGACCAGCAACAGACUGGCUUAAACCGAGCAGCCAGUGUUAUUUCUUUCCAAUAGUUGCUGUAUAAUUUAGCACCAUUCUUGGAACCAGAUGGACAUCAUCUCGUUUUUAUCAGUUUACUGAGGACCCAUGGCACGUGCGCGCCAUCUGUCCUCCCUGACUAACGUGUACUUGCUUGAAUAGGGAAGGGUCACGUUGUUUAUAACACAAUAGAAUACUUUGGUUUCUAUUUUCUGUACCUAGGUCAGGGGGUCUGAAUAUGGAUAGUAGGAGCUUUGAUGGACUUUGGGGUCUGGGGUUUCCUGCAUGUCCAAUUAAUUUGCAUGAGGAAUGUGCCUGCAUAUAUGGGGGGGAGGGGAUGGGCGGCACGCCCAAGGCAAACAGGGGUCCAGAUGUAUUUUAUUAACUGUAACGAGCUUUACAAGAGACACUUACCAGGAUAAUAAAACUAAAGGUGAUGUUUUCUAAGAAUAAAGACUUCUGUGCUCCUUUAAAAACUUUCUCAAAAGAAUUCACAAAAUUAAACUAAAUACUUGAGUAAUAAUAUAUGAAAUAUAUUUGGUUUGUUUCGGGUUUUUCUUCUUUUUUAGGCAGGAAAAGGACUUUUUUUUUUUUUUUUUUUCCCUCAGAAAAUAAGGGAUUCAAACUGGUUUUUCCCACAUGAGCACCAAGGUCCAACAUUUCUGAAGCAUGUGAUAAUUGCUAGGCCUCAUCUUCUGUGCUAAAAAGCCCUUCCCGACCCCGGAAAAAACACACAAACCAGUGGGCUGCUCCAUGGCAGAGGCCUGCAUAUAUUUGAGUGGAAACAUUCACUAUAGAGCUUCAAAAAGAGGGAGUUAUGAGGAGACCGAUUCGCGUAAAGAUAAAGGGAGUGAAAAUGAGAAAACGAAGAAACUGUGGAAAGAGCAAACAAAGUUUCACCUUCUAUUUGGGGUUGGAUGGUUUCUACGAAAUGUCUCGGUAUAUGACCCAACAUGCUGCCUCUCCAGAUAUACCCACAUUAGCCUAUAUUACAGAGAGGAAAAUACAAAGGGAAAAAACAACCUGAAAGGGUAAAUUAAAAAUCCAAAAAAUAUAUUUAUAUAUUUAUAUUUAUAUAUAUUUACGAGGUAUGUAUCCACAAAAAAGAACAAAAACAAGCAGUCUUUUUUAACUUUGUGUCAAAGUCCCAAUUAAAAUAAUAAUAAUAAUUAUUGUUAUAAUAAUAUCAUCAAUAGUAAGUCAGCAAACCAAAAAUGAGGAGACUAAGAUCCUAUAAGCGUAGCACUGAGAGGUCAGUCAGCUUUCUCCAAAGGGAGUCCAAAGCAUCAAAGCCUCAAUCCACUAGGUGGCGCUGCAACACACUUUGAGGAACUUUUUCCUUCACAUUAAGUCCAAAAACAAACAAACAACAAAAACAAAAAAAAUAGUUCCAAGAGUUCAGCAGAAAACAUCAUAAGCCAACGUAGCUGAAAGCCCAAAAUGU